AUGCCGCCAGAAGAGCUCGUUCUAACCGAGCGGCCACGCCACCCCCAACGCCCCAGCGUCGACGGUGGCACCGACUCAGCAGGCGACACUCCAGCUGAGAAACCAAACCUGAACAACAUCGCCCAAGAGAUCUUCGAUUUCAUCAUCGCCGAUGUCGACCUGGAGGAUCUUCGAAAUCUCCGACUUGUCAGCACGGGCAUCAACGUCAAGACUCUGGACAUCUUCACCAAAGAGCAUUUCACCGACUACUCGCUGCUUCUAUGCAGCAGGGAGAGUCUUGAGAAUGCUUGUGAGGUUGCGAAACAUCCUGUCUUUGGACGUGUGAUUGAGAAAGUUACGGUGUUUGUUGACGAACUGCGCAUCGGCGCUCGCGUUGAGGACGACACCAACGGGAAUAUCUUCUUCAGAAAAUGCAAUAGCAAACACGACAUGCUCCGGUUCGGGAAGAUCGCGAAAGAAUGUCUAGAGAAGGUGGAUGAGCUGUACGAUGCUCUGACAGACCAGCACGCUCUGCGCACGUCGGGCCAAGAUCGCAACUUACUGACCGACACAUUCGCCUUUCUGAAAGACAACGCCCGAGUUCGAGAAGUCAACAUCGACGUCUGCUCUGACUUUCAGGAGGAAGGGCUUCGCCAGGACAAGCCUUGGUGUCGAAACUUGCGCAUCUAUCAGCAGCUUAAAACGACAUUAUGCGAGAUUUACGGACCCGCUGAUUGA